CGAGCUGGCCCGCCUUCAAACCGAACUCCAUACACACUCUCGCAUGGUCGGACCCGACAGCAUCGACACAGAUGGCAAAGUGCUUGUCACUCUGGGCAUGUUCAUAAUAGACGACUUUGAGUUCAAUGAUGAGGACAAUAAGCCCACUGGUCGCAUUCUGCCCCCUCAGAUUGGUGGAGGAGGAACAUACGCCUCGAUAGGAGCACGUAUAUGGCUUCCCGCUGAGAAAGUCGGCAUGAUCGUAGAUAGAGGGAACGACUUCCCGCCAGACAUCCAAGAGAAACUCGAUUCAUAUGGGGACACGAUGUGGCUGUACCGUGACAAUCCCGCACGUCCCACUACACGAGCACUGAAUUCGUACAGAGGAGAUCAUAGAGGCUUUCAAUAUACCACUCCACGAAUCAGAUUAACACCCCGUGAUUUGGUCAACACGAAACUUUGGCGGCCGAAUAUGCUGCACUUCAUAUGCUCACCUACGAGGGCGACAGCAAUCAUGUCAGAAGUUCGAGAAGAUCCAGCAUGGAACCCAAUCACGAUAUACGAGCCCAUACCCGACAGAUGUGUCCCAGAGGAGUUAACCGCCCUCCUCGAGGUGCUCCCAGCUAUAUCUGUUCUCAGCCCGAACGCAGAGGAGGCGAUGUCCCUUCUAUCCAUGCCGGGGACGCCAACAAAGUCCCUGGUAGAGGAAGCAUGCAAGCAUCUGCUCGAAUUCGGGGUGAGUAGGGAGGGCCGCGGAUGCGUGGUCAUUCGUAGUGGCGCUUUGGGCGCAUAUGUGGCUACAAGGGAGAGAAAAGGACAGUGGGUUCCUGCCUUCUGGACCGAGGACGACGCUCAACGGCAUAUCGUCGAUGUGACAGGUGCUGGUAACGCUUUCUUGGGAGGACUGGCGGCCGGCCUGCACUUGGCAGAUGGAGAUGUCUACAGAGCUGCGUUGUACGGCACAGUUUCUGCCUCGUUCAUCAUAGAGCAAGAAGGCCUUCCCCAACUCAGGAAAAUCACGGACGAUAACGGACGCACAGUCGAGCUCUGGAACGGAGACACACCUACCAGACGGUUGGAAAAACUAGCGAAUCGAUCGCGAAGGGCUACAUAGAAAUUAAUAACUCAGAAUAUUACAACAGGCGAUACAUGUAUGCAUGCAGCUAGCGUAGUCGUACAUGGUAUACAGUAGCUGGUCCAAUGUCCCUCGCGAGAACCAGGUCAGAGUGAGACGGUGAGAGAGGUCAUUGCUGCGUUGAUUGGAACUUCGCUCGACUCUGCGCAAAAAGCUCUUCUUGUGCCUUGAGAAGCUCUUCCUCGGUCAUGCCAGACUGCUCAAACUUGGAUACCUUUCUCUCGCGAUCCUGAGGACCCGCGCUCAGUGAGGG